UGACCCCAUAUGGAGAAAGAGGCAAAGCACGAACCAAACCUCGCCUGCUUCAAAGUACCACCAUCACAUCACAUCACUCGGCGCAGGCGCACACUGAAGAAGGCAGCCGUAAGGCAGGAUGCCGGCGAUCCUGAAGGUGCAGGUGCACGAGGCACGGGACCUCCCCGUGAUGGACUCGUCCACACAGCUGACGGAUGCGUACGUCGAGGUCAAGUUCCACACGCUCACGCGCAAGACGCAGACGGUCAAGAAAACACUGAACCCGGUGUGGAACGAGGACUUUCGGUUGGAGGUCGAUGACGAAGACAUCCAGGACGAAGUGCUGGAGAUCAACGUCUGGGAUCACGACCGCAUCGGCACAGACGAUGUCAUCGGCCAGGUGAUCAUCGACCUGAUGCCACUUGGGCCCUACAACGGCUCACAGAUAAGUGGAUGGUUCCCCAUCUACGACACGCUAAAAGGAGUUCGCGGUUCUGUCGCCGUCACCGUCAAAGUCGAUCUCUUCAAAAACCAUCACAAGUACAGAGACACGUCCGUGGGCGUGUCCUUCUUCUCCACCAUGGCCGUCCCAAAGUGCUACAAGAUUGUGGCUGUGCGCGGUCUUGUGGAAGAACUCAUCGUCAAUGACGAUCCGGAAUACCAGUGGAUUGACCGGGUGCGCCCCACGCGGCAGUCCAACCAGGCGCGCCAGCACGUGUUUGCUACCGUUGCCGGCGAACUCCAGCGCAGGAUCGGCAGGAAGGCGAUUGACAUGAAGGCGAAUGCGGUGAUUGGGUACCGGCAACUCUUUGACUUGGAGGGCGACUCUGGUCUCGUUGCCCGCGGUAUUGGCACCGCAGCCGUCAUCAUUGAGGAUGCGCCCACAGACCUGCCCGCCGCUCCGCCUGCCGCAAAGCUCGCACCGCCACCCGUGAACACCACGCAAUCACCGGAGCCACGCCGACAUCACGACACUUCAACACACACGCACCCCCAUAGCCAGCAGCAGCAUCAACAACAGCAGUCGCAGCUGCCGGCACAGGCGUCCGCACCAGCCGACCUGUCCUUUCAAAGCGUUGAGCGGUUUGCAUCUGUGACGGCGCCCGAUUCCAACAUCCCGCUCAUCACAUUGUGCAGUCUGCCGGAUACUCUUCUCCUCAGCGUCGGUGGAGUGGUGACGGCGCGAGCUGUAAAACUGCUGGACAAGAUGGAGAAUCCGGACGAAACCGACACGAGGGACGUGUGGUGGUCUGAGCUGCGGACCGAGGUGGCCGGCCACGCGGCGAGCCUUGGGUACACCGCUGUCAUCGGAUAUUCAGAGACAGCCAGCAUCUGCGACAACCUCUGUCUUCUCUCUGCAACAGGCACGGCGGCCAUCCUCAACAUAGACCCGCAGCACGGCGUUGCCUUGGGGCAUGCGUCGGCGGGGCGCGUUGGACGGCGGCGCUUGAGCUCUGCAGACUCGUCGCUCCCGGCCCCUGUCACCCCAACGCCAGAGGGCGACACACACAGCCACAGCCACAGCCACGGUCACAGCCACGGUCACAGCCACGGUCACGGUCAGCAUGGUGGGCACGAUGGUGGCACGACCUCCGUGAGCCACAACAGCAGUGGCGGAACCAACAACAACCACCACAACAAGAACAACAACCACCACAACAAGAACAACAACACCACCAACACCGGCAGCAAUGGAGAUGCGAACACCGCCGCUGCUGUAACAACAACAACGGGUGGUGCAGUCUCUUCGCUCUUGGCUUCGGCUGAGGGCCACCACGAGGAGAGCACUCCAGACCAGCCGCCGUGCGCCCCCUUCCAUCUCCCGCCGUCCGUGCCAGUCGACUCUUUCGCAGAAUCGUUUGCAUCCUGUGAGAUUUGCCGCUCUGGCCAUUUCGUGGCGGACAUUCUCUUCACCACAAUCGACCCGCCUGACGACGUGCCGCUCGUCAGCUGUGCGACGUUCAUUCAGGCGCGCGUGUGUCGCAUUCGCCGCAAAACACACGGCAGCUACGAUGCCGCCGCUGAACUUGCGGAGGGGAUGCCCUUCCUCGAAUACGCCCUUCACCAGCAGCUGUACAACAAACUCAAAGUCCUGGCGAUGAAUGCGCUCUUUAAUCUUCGCGUUGAGGUGACCAUUGGCACGAACAUGUGCGUUGCUGUCGCCACUGCAACGGCUGUGCAUCUCGCGUGUCUUCCACUCCCGCCGGAACUCCAAAUCCUCCGCAAGUCAAUGGGUGUGGGCCGCGAUGAUGUGGACAUGAUUGAGAAGAUGACGGCACUCAUGCAGAAGCUGUCGGAAAACAAAGCCGCCAUCAGCCACGCAAAGGCAAGACAUCCAUAUCAGCAUUUUGCAGAGGCAGAAACAUCCGACGCAACAGCGGCGCCCCACAUGCCCGUGUCGGCUGCGUCGCACAAUGAGCGGACGGCAGUGGUUGAAGUCGACGAUUCCGUGGACAGCGACGAUGUUCUCUCCCUGUGGGAAGCAGAACUCCCCGAGGGGUUCUUCGUGUCCAGCACUGAA